UUUCUUAGAUGGUUAUGGAGCAAGGGAACUGGCUUGUAGGUGGAGAUCUACAGGUGCUUGAUCGUAUUUAUUGGAAUGAUGGACUUGAUCAAUACCGUCUCACUCCAGCUGAACUAAGGCAGAAAUUCAAGGAAAUGAAUGCCGACGCUGUCUUUGCGUUCCAAUUACGCAACCCGGUGCACAACGGGCAUGCCCUUUUAAUGCAGGAUACUCAUAAACAGCUUCUGGAACGUGGCUACCGGCGCCCAGUUUUACUCUUGCAUCCACUUGGAGGCUGGACAAAAGAGGAUGAUGUUCCCCUCAUGUGGCGCAUGAAGCAACAUGCUGCAGUACUGGAGGAGGGAAUCUUGAAUCCAGAAACUACAGUGGUGGCUAUAUUCCCUUCCCCCAUGAUGUAUGCUGGACCAACUGAGGUUCAGUGGCACUGUAGAUCACGGAUGGUUGCAGGAGCUAACUUCUACAUUGUAGGGCGAGAUCCAGCAGGGAUGCCACACCCUGACACUGGGAAAGAUCUGUAUGAACCAACCCAUGGUGCCAAAGUGUUGACAAUGGCUCCAGGCCUUCGAGCUCUGGAAAUUGUACCCUUCCGAGUUGCAGCUUAUAAUAAGAAAAUUAAGUGCAUGGAUUAUUAUGACUCUGAUCACCAUGAAGACUUUGAAUUUAUAUCGGGGACCCGCAUGCGCAAGCUGGCUCGAGAAGGACAGAACCCGCCGGAAGGCUUCAUGGCUCCCAAGGCUUGGACUGUGCUGACAGAAUACUACAAAUCCUUGGAGAAGGCUUAGGCCUCUUAUUAACUGCAGAUCAACAUUUGACGCCUGAUUUAUUUACGAGAAGGGGACCACACAGUCACCGUUCAUGUUACUUUGUUGUGGUGUCUGUCAGGAAGUUCUCUGAAAACAGACUCUUUCUCCCUAACUUAGCAUCAUUCUUUGCCUGUCCUUAUGGGUUCUAUUAUGUCCUGGCACCUAACUAGCUGCUGGUUUUAAUGUCUUCUCUUUUAUUACAGUUUAUAUUCUUGCAGUAGGAUUUUUAACUCUUGUCUUUUUUUAUAUUUUACUGCCUCUGUCCUGUGAGUUCUGCCACUGUUAAAUAGAUGCAACUUUUUUCAUAUGUUAUUUAAACUGCUGGGUAGUGUUUAGUUUUGGUAGUUUGUAGGAGAAAAUUCAAUGGUUAGACCAUUAACUAUGGAUAGAUUAUCUAUAAAUCAAAAAAGUAAAUAAGUUUUAAAACA